AUGCACCCAUCCAUCUCCUUCCCUGAUGUCCCACGCCCCGCCUCCUCCUCAACAACAUCCAACAAACCAUCUCCCCCCCAUUCUACCCCCUCAUCCCCAUCCACGUCGUCUCUCUGCUGUCGCUUCAACGCAACCCCGGGGCAUCAUUUCAUUUCCGUCUUUUCAGCUAUUUCUCCUCACUUCUGUGCUUAUGUUCUCUUUGGGGCCAUGACUAGAGUGGAGAGACAGCUGAGGCGAAGAAGGGACAACAGAGUCCCGUCAACAUCUUUGAGCUCCUGGGGAGGGAAGGAGGGGAGGAGAGCGAAUGAGUCAGAGCUCUGCAACAAGGAGACAGCGCUUUCUGCAGACAAGAGCAGAGAGGGGGGUCUGCUGGGAGGGGGAGAAGGUAGUGGCGAGACAGAGGCGAAGAAAAGCAAGCAGCCAGAAACAUGCUCCAGUGAAGACAUAAAGGAGAAGAGUCUUUGGCGGACUCUCUGGUGCAAUGUGUGGCGUCACGCCCUGUGGAGGUGGGGUUCUGUGAUGGUAACCAUGGUACCCAGCAGUCGCUAUGUCUGCAGUGCUCAUGCCCAGGAGGACGAGUCCAAUGACCGCGAGGAGAGGAUUCUAGCUGUGCUGGGGAUCAUCGGAACUGUGCUCAACCUGCUGGUGGUCAUCUUUGUCUACAUCUACACCUCUGGCCUGCAUCUGGGAGCUAGAGUCGCAUCCGGCUCAAGCACCCCGGAGGAGCGCUUCCUGGCUGUGCUGGGGAUGAUUGGGAUUUUCCUGAACCUCCUUCUGUUGCUGUUUGUGUGA